GCCACCUCACCAUCGCAAUGGCUCUCAACCUCUCCUCCACCGGCCUGCAGGCCAACUACUCGCAGAUCCCUUCUGCCUUUGAGUUCUAUGACAGUCGAUUCUUGAACAUUACUGGCGCAGCACCCAAGCUGGAGGUUCUACUUGAGAACAAUGACUUUCCGUUCGCGCACGAAGCCAGCGUCUUCAUCCCGUCUACGGAUGAACUCUUCAUGACGAGCAACGCCUUCACCGACCCUGUUACGAACCAGACCACGAUCAAAAUCUCCAAGGUCUCUCUCAGCGCUAACUCUAUUACUUCGGAGGUGAUCAACAGUACCAUUCCCCUACCCAACGGGGGCGUCAACAACGGCAAUGGCAUUCUCUUCUGUGCCCAGGGUACUCUCAAUACCUCUGGCGGUCUCUUCCAAAUGUCCAUCGAGUCUCCCUACGAAUCCAAGCAGUUGGUCAGCGGAUUCUACGGUCGGGAAUUUAAUUCCCUGAAUGACGUGGUUGUCCACAGCGAUGGCUCCAUGUGGUUCACUGAUCCGAUCUACGGCUCUAGGCAGGGCAUUCGUCCUUCGCCGCAACUGCCCAACCAGGUCUACCGCUAUGAUCCUGCUACGGGCAACGUGCGUGUCGUUGCAGAUGGAUUUGGUCGUCCGAAUGGAAUCAGCUUCUCUCCGGAUGAGAAGACCUUGUAUAUCACGGAUACAGCGUAUACGGUUGGCGAUGGGACGACGGAUCCUACGAAGCCUUCAACUAUCUAUGCAUUCGACCUCACUACCUCCAACGGCGAGACCUUCCUAACCAACCGCCGCGUCUUCGCCAUGACUGAUACUGGAAUCCCCGAUGGAAUCAAAACCGAUAUGAAUGGCAACGUGUACGCCGGUUGUGGAGAUGGAAUCAACAUCUGGUCGCCUGGUGGUGUCUUGCUCGGCAAGAUUCUCAUCAAGAAUGGCGUCGCUAACUUUUCCUUUGGUCGUAAUGGGCAGAUGUUCAUUAUGAAUGAGAAUAAGUUGUGGUCUGCGCAGCUGAACUCUUUGGUUAAGGGGGCUCUUUUGAAAAUUUGAGGAUUACCUAAUGCUGUUUUUAUGCCCUUUGAAAGGAUUUGGUCAUUGAAGCCCCAUGAUGAUGUAUCUCAACGAGUCUUCAUAUUAUGUUAAUUAAUAUAGUUCAUAGUAUGAUAAAACAAACUUAAUAGGUCC